AUGGCCACCACCAGCACCAGCACCACGGGCUCCACCCUCCUGCAGCCCCUCAGCGACGCCGUGCAGCUGCCCAUCGACCAGGUCAACUUCGUCGUGUGCCAGCUCUUUGCCUUGCUCGCAGCCGUUUGGUUUCGAACGUACCUUCAUUCAAGCAAAACUAGCUCUUUCAUAAGACAUGUCGUGGCUACUCUCUUGGGCCUUUAUCUUGCGGUUUUUUGCUUUGGAUGGUAUGCCUUACAUUUCCUCGUACAAAGUGGAGUUUCCUACUGCAUCAUGACCAUAAUAGGAAUGGAGCACAUGCACAAAUAUUGUUUUGUGUUUGCUUUGGGAUACCUCAUAGUGUGCCAAAUUACUAGAGUCUAUAUCUUUGAUUAUGGACAAUAUUCUGCUGAUUUUUCAGGCCCGAUGAUGAUAAUGACCCAGAAGAUCACGAGCUUGGCUUAUGAAAUUCAUGACGGGAUGUUUCGGAAGGACGAAGACCUCACUCCGCCGCAGAGAGACUUGGCUGUAAGGCGCAUGCCCAGCCUCCUGGAGUAUCUGAGCUACAACUGCAACUUCAUGGGCAUCCUGGCCGGGCCCCUCUGCUCCUACAAGGACUACGUCACCUUCAUCGAAGGCAGGUCACACCACGUGGCGCGGCCAGGCGAGGACGGCCGAGAAGCGCCCCCCUGCGGAGGAGCGGAGCCGUCCCCAACUGCGGCCGUGGUGCAGAAGCUGGUGGUCUGUGGGCUGUCCUUACUGGUCCACCUGACCAUCUCGAACGCACUCCCCGUGGAGUACAACAUCGACGCGCAUUUUCAAGCCACAGCCUCGUGGCCGACAAAGGUUCUCUACCUGUAUGUCUCUCUCUUGGCUGCCAGACCCAAAUACUAUUUUGCAUGGACGUUAGCCGACGCGAUUAACAAUGCUGCUGGCUUCGGGUUCAGAGGCUACGACAGACAUGGGGAAGCUCGCUGGGACUUGAUUUCCAACUUGAGGAUUCAGCAAAUAGAGGGGUCAACCAGCUUCAAGAUGUUUCUCGAUAACUGGAACAUCCAGACGGCGCUGUGGCUCAAAAGGGUGUGUUACGAACGGACCACCUGGAACCCCACCGUCCAGACGUUCGUGCUGUCCGCCAUCUGGCACGGGGUGUACCCCGGCUACUACCUGACCUUCCUGACCGGGGUGCUGAUGACGCUGGCAGCGCGAGCCAUGAGGAAUAACUUCCGACAUUACUUCCUCAAGUCCCCGCAGCGGAAACUGCUGUACGACGUCGUCACCUGGGCAGCCACCCAGGUGGCCGUGAGUUACACGGUGGUGCCGUUCGUGCUGCUCUCGGUCAAGCCGUCCUUCGCGUUCUACAGCUCCUGGUCUUACUGCCUUCACAUUGCCGGCCUCUUAGUAUUGUUGUUCUUGCCCGUGAAAAAGACCCAGAGAGGACAGGAUCCACACGAACACAGGCGGCUGUCGCGAUCCAAAAAGUUUGACGAAAAUUCCUGGGGACAGAAUAGUUUUCCCACAACAACAAACAAUGUGUGCAAUCAGGGUCCAGCACAAGCCGCCAGACACCCAUCGGGAGCGGAGUGACGGGAGCCGAGGGCUGUGUUCUGUAUGUUAACAGCCACCGAUCUUAGCACCUUCUCCAGGGGGUGGGGUUCGUUGGAAAAGAGAGUAGGUUGGGGGUGCGGGGGGGCGGGGGGGAGAAUCGGACAGUUGCUGAUAGGGAAGUCCCUGUGUACUCAGUGAUACUCCCCCUCCCUCGCCACGUUCCCGUGGGCCACGCCUUAGAGAAGGUAUUUCCGUGGUCUCAGUGGGCACUCAGGACCUCAGCGUCUGGCCGCAGGGUCCUUCCUCCGGGUGCCCUGUUGCUGAAUGUACGCUGUGCACCCCGAGGCAGUGGCGAGGUGGGGAAAUAACGGUGUCCAUCUGACCGAUGGAGGGAAAUUAGCUUUUCCAAAUGAAUGUCUUGCCUUAAACCCUCUCUUUCCUCAAAUGUCAUUCCUAAAUGGUCUUUUCAACUGUAACAUUGUGAGAACUCGAUUCCAAUAUUCGAUGUGAAAUGAGCUGUGAAGGAAUUCUGGGGAAAUUGGAAACAGGAUAUUUAAGAUUGUGGAUAUUUUAAAAAUGCAAUAAACGCCUCAGUAUUUGAAGGGUUUUCUUAGCGCAUCA